AUGUCGGUGGCUGUAGAGAUUUUUGGCUUCUUCCUGGCAGCGCUGGGGCUGCUGCUGCUGGGGGUGACCCUGCCACACAGCUCCUGGCGGGUGUCCACCGUGCACGGGAGCGUCAUCACCACCAACACCAUCUUCGAGAACCUCUGGCACAGCUGUGCUACGGACUCCUUGGGAGUCUACAACUGCUGGGAGUUCCCGUCCAUGCUGGCCCUCUCUGGGUAUAUCCAGGCCUGCCGGGCGCUCAUGAUCACGGCCCUCCUCCUGGGCUUCCUGGGCCUCUUCCUGGGCAUCAUAGGGCUGCGCUGCACCAACCUCGGGAGCAUGGGGCUCUCCCAGAAAGCCAGGAUGGCGGCCAUCGCAGGAGCCCUGCACCUACUGAGUGGUUUCUGCGGCAUGGUGGCCAUCUCCUGGUAUGCCUCCAACAUCACCCGAGAGUUUUUCGAUUCUUUGUAUCGUGGGACCAAGUACGAGCUGGGCCCUGCCCUCUACCUGGGCUGGAGUGCUUCCCUGCUUUCCAUCCUGGGCGGCACCUGCCUCUUCACCAACUGUUGCUGCCCUCCGGAGGACGAGCCUGCCAUCAGCCCGCGGCUGCCCUACAAGGCUGCCUCCCAGCCCGUACUGCGGUCCAAGAGCCUCACUGCGCCCCUGCCCCCCAAGGACUCGGAUGAUGAAUGUGACAGCAGCUUUGGUCAAUACGGGAAAAACGCCUACGUGUAGGAGACCUGUUCUGUGGCCAUUUCCCUCGCCGCGCCCUGCCAGAGAGCAGGUUCUCUGGGCCCCACCGCCCAUCCUCCCAGAUGAUGUGGGGGCCCUGGGGCAGCCCCUAGCUCUGACUUGUUGGGACACCCCUCUGGCACCCUCCUGGGCUGGGGACCCGCCUGAGAGGUCACCUGGACACCCUUUAGCUUCUGAGCCUGGGAGCUGGGCCUCCCCACGUC